AUGGCUGAUGCUAGCUCAAGGACUGACACCUCGAUUGUUUUAGACGACAACGACAAGAAUCAGGGGAUGGAGAACGGAAGUGGUGCGGUUGUACCUUCUAAUUCUUCAGAUAGGUCCGACAGGUCUGACAAACCUUUGGACCAAAAGACAAUGCGACGGCUUGCCCAAAAUCGUGAGGCAGCAAGAAAAAGUCGGCUGAGGAAGAAGGCAUAUGUGCAGCAGCUGGAGAGCAGUAAGCUGAAACUUGCACAACUGGAGCAGGAACUCCAGAAAGCUCGCCAGCAGGGAAUCUUCAUUUCAAGCUCUGGAGACCAAACCCAUGCCAUGAGUGGAAAUGGAGCAUUGACUUUUGACAUAGAAUAUGCUAGAUGGCUAGAGGACCAAAAUAAGCAGAUAAAUGAGUUGAGGACUGCAGUGAAUGCUCAUGCAAGUGACAGUGAUCUACGACUUAUUGUAGAUGGCAUAAUGGCACAUUAUGAUGAAAUAUUCAAGGUCAAAGGUGUUGCUGCAAAGGCUGAUGUAUUUCAUAUACUUUCAGGCAUGUGGAAGACACCUGCUGAAAGGUGCUUCCUGUGGCUUGGGGGUUUUCGUCCAUCUGAGCUUUUAAAGCUCCUAGCGAAUCACCUCGAGCCCCUAACUGAGCAGCAAAUGCUGGGUUUGAACAACCUCCAGCAAUCUUCCCAGCAAGCAGAGGAUGCAUUGUCACAGGGCAUGGAAGCACUGCAGCAAUCUUUGGCAGAGACUUUAGCUGGAUCUCUUGGUCCAUCAGGUUCUUCAGGAAAUGUGGCAAACUACAUGGGUCAGAUGGCCAUGGCCAUGGGCAAACUUGGGACACUCGAGAAUUUUCUUCGCCAAGCCGACAACCUGCGACAGCAGACAUUGCAUCAAAUGCAACGCAUUCUAACGAUCCGGCAGUCUUCUCGUGCUCUUCUUGCCAUCCAUGACUACUUUUCGCGGUUGCGUGCUUUAAGUUCUCUGUGGCUUGCUAGGCCGCGCGAAUAA